CCGCUACAGCAGCACCAAUGGCAAGGUUAAUCCGAAACCUUUUCUUUCACUCUUCCACCAUUCCGCCACCGGUACCUCCGCCGCUCAAAUUCCACCACCUCCGCCGUAUCCACGCCGGCAACAGCUUAUCCGCUUCCGCUUCCGCUUCCGCUUCAGCUUCAGUUCACAGUAAACCUCGGAAAAACAAAGUAAAAAAGGUGGAAAAGACCAGUAAUAGUAGCGUAAUUAGCCAGAACAAACUUUCACAAGUGAAACGGAGGACCCGGUCGGAGAAAGAGCUGGAUGAGGAGACCUUCCUGAAGCACUAUGGAAAUGACAACUCUACCCCCCAUGUUCCUGUCUUGCUCGGCGAAGUUUUGGAUGUUUUCGCCUCCGUCACUCUCCGCUCUUUCCUUGAUUGUACCCUCGGUGCCGCCGGCCAUUCCUCUGCUAUAGUUCGGGCUCAUUCCGAAAUGCAAGUAUAUGUUGGGCUUGAUGUUGAUCCCAUUGCACAUCAAAUGGCUCAAACUCAGCUGAAGGGUAUCCAACCUAAGGACUCUUAUGAUACGGCUUCUGCCUUGAAAGUGCAUGCCUUUUUGAAAAAUUUUAAGGACGUCAAGUUUGUGCUUGGUGAAGUGUCAGAUGACUUAUUGGCCUGUGGAGUUGAUGGGAUCUUGAUGGACUUGGGUAUGUCAUCUAUGCAGGUAAAUGAUGCUGAAAGAGGUUUUAGUGUGCUGAAGAAUGGACCUCUUGACAUGAGAAUGAAUCCAAAGGCAACUCUGAGAGCUGAAGACAUAUUGAAUUCCUGGCCAGCUGAUGAACUAGGACGGGUUCUGCGAGACUAUGGAGAAGAAAGCAAUUGGUACUCUCUUCAAAACAGAAUUGUUAAGGCUCGUCUACAUGGAGGGUUACAUUCUACCAGUGAGCUGGUAGACCUUAUUCAGAAUUCAACUUCUAGGACUAAAGGAAGACAAGGUUGGAUUAAGACAGCCACAAGAGUUUUUCAGGCUUUACGAAUAGCUGUUAAUGAUGAACUCAAGACACUGGAGGAUUCCAUCCGUGAUUGUUUUGAGUCUCUUAAUUCUGGUGGAAGGCUUGCCGUAAUUUCAUUCCACAGUUUGGAGGACAGAAUAGUAAAACAGGCAUUUCUCAAUAUUAUGAACUGCAGCGAAGUUGAUGGAGGUGGGAUUGAAGAUGAAGAAGGGAAGUGCUUACGUGAGCUGAGGAAAAUUAAUCUUGAUACUGUUAAAGAAGAAGCAUGGAUAAAACAAGUGAUACAAGGACAGAAUGGAACUAUCCUUACAAAGAGACCCAUAACACCAUCUGAAAAGGAGGAGGCAUUAAAUCCUCGAAGUCGGAGUGCUAAACUACGAGUGAUUCAAAAAGCCUGAAGAAAGGUGGAUGUCAUAGACGUAGCGCAUAGCGGACCUUGAGGAGAUUUUCUGCUCUCAAAGAUGAGGAGCUCUAUAAAUUGUUUCAACAUCUCAAGUUAAGUAACCACAGCUUAUUCUUGAUUGAACUUGUUCAUCAGGCAUAGUUGUCCUCUCAAGGAAGCCUAGUGAAGCUCCAUCUCUUCUGGGGACUUGUCAUACAAUUUAAUGAUUCAACAAUUGGCUACCACAUUCCGAUCAGCUUAUCGUCACAUUUUUCCAUCAUUGUGUAUCAAGAAGAUCGUUGCCAACUGUCAACUAAGACUGGAAAUAAAGCUUAAAGUUUCGCUUGAUUUUGCUACAUUUCACAACAAGCUCUCCAUUGGGUACCGGUGAUGCCCCAAGUGCAUAUUUAUUGAAUAGGGGAUUUAUGAAUGAAGGUAGGUAUUUUUUAUACCUUAUGUAACAUGUCGAAGGAAUUUGGAUAUCUUUUCAAGCUCUUAAAUAUAACUCCUAGUAGCUUAAAUUUAUCCCAAGGGUUUCAGUAUUUGAAAUCCAUGUUAUCUUGAUAUGCAAUAGCAUGAGGAUCUUGAUC